AUGGCCGCCAACGGCGGGCCGCACGGGACUCCCCAUGAAAAUGGAGAUGGAGGGGGCAAGCACAAACGCGGCAGCCACAAGCGGGGCAAUAGUUUGUCCGAGGGCAUGUCGCGCCUCUUCUUCGGGCUCCGCGGCCUACACGGCGGUGGCGGCGGUGCCAGCGGUGGGGCGGGCGGGUCGAGCGAGGAGCGAGCUCCUACGUCCACGCAGCAGAUUUCAUCUUCCUCCAAGGCCGCGAAAAAGGCCAAGAGAGGGCGGAGCCAAUCGUCCAAAGAUCGAACUUCCUCUUCCCCUUCCUCGUCCCCCUCAUCCUCCUCGCGGGACAAGAUUAAAAAGAGGUCGGGCGGCAGCAGCGCCCCCACGUGGGACCGCAUCGAGCAGCCAGCCUCCCAGCCUCCCAGCCAUCACCAGGUGCGGGCCGCGCUCACGCCGAGCGGCAGCCAGCGAGAGCCGGCCGUGUGGCGGUCUUCCUCGGGCGGCGAUCUCGCCGAGCGAUGGUCGGUGCGGCGCGGCGAGCGCGAGGCGGCCACCGCCACCGCCACGGACCACUCCCGUGAGCAGCCCGCCGCCUCCGCUUCUUCUUCGUCGUCUUCUUUUGCAACCACCGCCGCUGCCAUCACCGCCGGCCUCCAGCUAUCACUCCAGCCCGCGGCCAACGGCACCACGACCACGAGCGGCGCCGCCACGCCGCCCGCGCUAUCGCCGCGCGAGCGCAAGGAAUUCAUCGGACGAGCGCGCACCGCCGCCACUCCGCCGCACCCGUCCGCCACCCAGCACAGGGAGCCUUCGCAGCAAACCCAGAAACGGCGGCAGCAGCUGCAGCUGCAGCUCCAGAUCCAGCAGCAGCAGCAAGAGGGCCUCGACGAGACCGGCCCGCGGUCGUGGAAGGCGACGACGCCGCUCCAUUCGCCGCUGUCCGGACCCAGCGAGGACGAGCACCCGGCGUGGGGCGGCGGCAGCGGCGCGACCAGCGGCAGCGAGGCCGAGGAGAAGAGAUUCGCCGGGACCAAGCUCGGAUCCGAACCUGAGUCCGGGUCGGAGACCGAGCACAUGGCCGCCAUUGGCGGAAUGUCUUCACCGACAACAGCCUCCUAUACGUCGUCCUCCUCCUCGUCGUCAACCACUACAACGUCGUCAUCGUCAUCGUCAGCGGCGUCGACGGGAAUGGAGCGGGUGCGGCUGACGAAGCGGACGGUGCAGGACUUUGAGUUCGGGAAGGUGCUGGGCGAGGGGUCGUACGGACAAGUGCGAGCGGCGCGGGACAUCGCCACCGGCCUCCUUCUGGCCAUCAAAAUAUUGGACAAGCGGCACGUGGUCAAGGAGAACAAGGUGGAACAGGUCAAGCGGGAGAAGCAGAUCCUCGAGUCGCUGUCUCACCCCAACAUCAUCCACCUCUACGGCACCUUCCAAGACAACAACUCACUAUUUUUCGCGAUGGAAUACUGCCCGAACGGCGAGCUCCAUCAACACCUGAAGCGGUUGGGUUCGUUCAACUUGGAGUGUACACAAUUUUAUAUUGCCGAGCUCGUCAGCGCUUUGGAGUACCUCCACUCGCAGGGGAUCGUGCACAGGGACAUCAAGCCCGAGAACAUGCUGCUUGGUGCCAACUUCCAUCUCAAGCUCAUCGACUUUGGCACGGCCAAGAGCGUCGGCCCCGACCAAUACGCUCGUUCGACGUCUUUCGUCGGAACGGCGGAGUACGUCCCGCCCGAGCUACUGAACGAACACUACUCCGUCAAGAGCUGUGUGCUGUAUCAAUUCCUGGCGGGCAAGUCGCCCUUCCGCGGCGCCAACGACUACAAGACCUUCCGCAAGAUCAAGAAACUCAAAAUCAAGUUUCCCACCGAUUUCGCGCACCUCAAGGCCCACCGGUUCUUCGAGGGCAUCGACUGGGACACGCUCCACACCACGACGCCGCCGGUGCUGGCCGCCCCGGCCGUGCCGGUCUUCGUCGACGAGGAGAAAGAGCGGAAGUUCAAGGCCCAGCAGGCCAAGAGCUCCGUGUGGGGCAAAUUCCUCUUCAAAAAUUCAGACGAGGUCAUCAUCCAGACCGACCGAGUGGCGAAGAUAAGCAAGCAUUUCUUCGGGGCCACCAAGUCGCCCAAGAAGCGGCAGCUCAUCCUCACGGACUUCCCUCGGCUGUUCUACGUCGACAUCGAUCGCAUGGCGCAGGCGGGCGAGAUCGAGUGGCGCUCCGACCUGCGCGUCGAGGCGCGACACGACAACAUUUUUGAAAUCACCUCCGGCGAGAAGACGUACAUCUUCGAGUUUGAGGCGGAGGGCCGCGCGGCCAAGUGGUGCGCCGCCAUCAGCAGACUGCAGCGGCGAAACAACGGCGAGGAGGAAGAGGACGAAGAUGAUGCGGGUGACGAUGAGAACGACUUUGCCACGGAGGACGAGGUAAACGACAGGGCACACCCUCAUGAUCCACCAGUGAUGGUGGUAGAUCACCCAAUGACGGCACGAGACGAAAACAGAGAGAAGGACAAGUAG